ACAAAAUAUAUCCCAAAUGAACAAUUGUUAAAACAAAAUGAAGGUGGAAAUUCUGUAGAUAUUGUAUGAUCCUUUAUUGUAUGUCUGGAAGUAUUGCUUUUCAUUAUUUUUGUGCGUUAUUUACUGCGUUUGGUUUUGUGUAUAUGAUAUUUGGCCAGCAUAACGAGAGUCUGUGUGAGAAAACAGAGAUCUUUGCUAAUGGAGGGGUGUCUCUCAGUGUGUGUCGCAAUGUGAGUGUAUGAGGAAGCAGAGAGAGAGAGAGAGAGAGAGAAGUGUACUUAUUGAAAGAUUUACGCUGUUGACAACGCUGCAGUGCCUCACAUUUCGGGACAUUUUAGCGCAGAUACUGUAGUUUGACCGCCUCUCACUCUCAUUUACAGAAAUUGAUCAGCUGGUUCCCAAAAGUGAAACUGUUUCAGCCCCACGAGCGCGACGCGGCUGAUCGGAGGUCCGCUGAUCCAAACCGGAGCUGGAGCCAUGGCCAAAUACGAUCAUAAGUUCAUUGUUUUGAUGUUAGGAAGUAAUUGCGUCGGGAAAACGUGCCUCUUCCACAGAUCCGUCGAUGGCACGUUCAAAGCAAACUCAACAGCCACUAUCGGUCUUGACUUCAAAAACAAAAUGUUUGAGUUGGACGGCAAGAAAAUCUUACUUCAAAUAUUUGACACAGGGGGUUAUCCAUUACACAGAGGAAUAAUUUCGUCCAUGUGCAGAUAUGCUAAGAGAAUCCUUCCCAGUAUACAUUGCACAAUGACUGAAAGCCUGAGAUUCUUGAUGUGUCUAUCAAGAAGAAGGAAGCAAGGAAAGAGAAAUGAGGGCAUCAUGCUGGUGUAUGACGUCACCAGCGAGUGGUCCUUUAACAGCCUGAAGGACUGGAUCAGCUUCAUCGAGGAGCAUGUGCCCUCAGAUGCAGACAGGAUACUUUUGGGAAACAAAUGUGACCCGAACGACAGGAGCCCCAGACAGGUGUGCAGAGAAAGAGGAGAGAUGUUGGCGAUAAAUUGUGGAAUGAGGUUUUUGGAGGUCAGUGCAAAGUCCGGCGUCAAUGUAGAAGAGGCCUUUUUCACUCUCGCCCGGGACAUCAUGACGAGACUCAAUAAGUAAAUGGUGGGUUGAACGAUAAUGCGCCCGGCGGUGGAGGAUGUUCCCUUUUGUAGGCGGAGUCUGGAGCCGUGGGACGCUCUGAUUGGUCCUCGUGGCGUAUAGGCCUUUUCAAUGGGACACAGCCACAAAAUACAGACUUACCCAAACAAGCUGAAGUAAAACAAGACGGAGGAACACACUAAAGGAAGGGUCUUAUUUUAUUUCUUGUUUAAACUUGAUUAAAUCCUGGAUGGAACAUGAUGCUAUGAUAAUGAGGGACACUUUUUUUUUUGUAAUUUUUUACUUUUGGUGAAUUAUUUGUAUAUUUUAGCAGUAUGUUUAUCACUUCUAUGCAAAUAACCUCAGUUUAUUUUGCUCUUGAACUAAAUAUUUAGUCAAAACGUUGCAUUUUGGGCUUUCCUAUACAUUGAUGCCUUACCUGUGUAUUUUGUUAAAACUUAAAUUGUCACAUUGAGAAAUUAUUGUUGUCAGAACGCUGAGUGAAGUGCAUUUCUUAAACUAAGUAAAAGAAAAUCAUACUUUCUAGUGUUUUUAAUGUGCUGUGAUUUUGGAGCUGUUUGGUCACAUCUAGUGGCAAAAGUGGAAAUUACAAGACAUAUCCUGAGAUUUCCACUUUUAAGAAAUCUCUAUUAAGGAAACAAAAAACAUAUUUCACUUUCUGAUAGUGUUUAUACUGUUUUACAUUUAUUAUGCACAUUUAAAAACUGCUGACUGAAGAAAUUCACAGUACAAAAAUGCCAAAUGUUCUAUUUUUCUGCACACAAUUCCUGGGAAUAUUCUGUAGAUAAUGUAUGUUGUACCGUUUUUUUAUUGUCUGGGAGUAAAUAAAGACAGUUGCUUUAUUACA